CCGUCAGAUACGUCAUCAGCGAGUGACGCAGUGAGACACGAGUGUGCAUCUCCAUGGCAACGCCAAACUUUAACGAGGAACCGAAAGUCAACUUUUGCAUAACGCUUAGGACCGUAAACACCGCAGCUGACCGCCGGAAAAUGCGCAGCGUCAUCGCGGAAGAUUCAGAAUGGACUUUAGCUGAAGUUCCUUUACUAACAACACUCUGCCUUCAACAUAUAGUCAAGAACUUUGAAGAGAAGCCCAUUCUGGAUGAACUCACGGGCGGUCAUAAAUCGUAUGUUUUUGAGCGUCUGUCUCCAUCCCUUCCUCUGACUGUCAGCGCAAACCUUAUCUCCGAUGAGAGCUACUGGAGACGCCGCGUGGAGGCGCGCUGGGGUCCGGCUGACGUCACCGCGUACGGCGACAGCUGGAAGCGCAUGUUCUUCGAGCGUCACCUGGAAGGCGUCGUUGAGCUUUUCAUCCCAGAUGUGACAGACAUCAGGACGGUCCUGGAGCUCGUGCCGCUGUGUCGAAACUACGUGACGCGUCUGAAAGUGUCUCAGUUGCUCCCGCCCAUCAAAGACCCGUCGAGGUUCGACGAGGACGACGCCUCGGAUUGCGCCAGUGACGUGGGCAGCGACGGACCCUCCAUGGAUCACUUCGAUUUCGGCAUUCUUCUUGACAAACUGGUGAACCUGGAAGAACUUCAUGUGACGUACGGGGUGAAAGGUUGCGGCAUGAACUUCGAGUGGAACCUCUUUGAGUUCACCUUCAGAGACUGUGAAUGUCUGGCAAAAGCCCUGAAGUCCUGCAAGAGCUUAAAGGUGUUCCGGCUCCGUCGCAGUAAAGUGGAUGAUGACAAGUGUUGCAUCCUCGUGAGUCACCUGCUGGAUCACCCGUCUCUGCUGGAGCUCGACCUGUCGCAUAACCACAUUGGCGAGCGCGGAGCCAGAGCCGUCGGCAAACUUCUGAACCGCAGUAAGCUGCAGAAACUCACGGCGUACAACAAUCGGAUCAGAGGUCCGGGAGCUCAGGCGCUGGCUCACGCUCUCGCCAGAAACACCACGCUGACGUCCCUCAACCUGAGACUCAACCGUAUCGCAGACGAAGGGGGUCAGGCUGUCGCUCAGGCUCUGAUGAAGAACAAGACGCUUACGGAGCUUCACCUGGAGGGAAACGAGAUGACAGAACCCACGGCCGUGGCGAUGUCUCAAGCGCUGGUGCAGAACUCCACGCUGAAGACCUUAAACCUGGCCAACAACAGACUGGGAGUGAAGAGUGUUACAGGACAGCAUGUGGGACGAGGAUUAGCCCUCUCUUGGGACGGAUCAUCCAAAUGGUUCCUGCAUUUAUCCGGCUCUCACAGUUUGAUUUCAAGGAUGGUGGGAAGGUUCUGGAAGAAGGGAUGUCCCACAACAGCAGUCUGGUGGAGUGUGAUAUUCGGCUGACCGAUGUAGAUCAGGAGAGUGAGUUCUGCAUCACUCAGGCCCUGAGAGCCAAUCAAAACCACAAACAUCAUCACAGUCCCACUGCCACACAACAUCCAUCAGCUCAUUAAACAUCCUAAACCCA